CACAGUCUCUACAGACUCUGCACUCUCUUUAAAUUCUCGCUUUCCUUCCUUUGUUGCUCUCUCUCUCUUUCUCUGUCUCUCUCUGGUACUAAGAAGCAAAAGCAUUUUCUUAGUUACCUGGUUUAGAAGUUUCGCUUUUUGUUUCUUUCUUCGUUUUCUGCGGGUUUUAGAUUUAUUUAAGGUAAGUUAAUCUGUUGGUGAAGCUGCUUUUGUUGGGUUUGAAAGACACAGAUAUAUAUAUGGAGAGGGACUUUCUGGGUUUGAGCUCCAAAAAUGUUUCGGCUUCUCAUUUGAAAGAGGAGGCCAUUGCUGAUUCUAACAACUCGGUUCAUAUGAGAGGUUCAGGGAUGCAGUGGUCAUUCUCUAACAAGAUUUCUGCCGGAUCCCAAUUCCUAUCUUUCGGGACUUCUCAGGAAGACAGGCCCAGAAAGACUCAGCAGGAAUCACUGGCAUCAUCUGGAUUCAUGAGUAUUUCAACUGCUGAUGUUUUCAACAUUAACCAGCAACCAUACUCUGGCAUAAUCCAGAAGAAUUUGACUAUUGAUAAGCAACUGGGCCACUCUGCAAGGACUGUCUAUCCUCGACAAUACCAUGAAGCCCAUUCAGUUCAUUGCCCCCAGGAGCAGACAAUUUUCCCAGUCUCCAAUCCACGAAAUCAAAGGAAUGCGGUUGCUUUGGGCACUACUGUGCUCCAAUCUCAUCAUAUUCUCAUGGGCCAGAACGUGGUUGGCUCUACUAUAAAACCACAACCUCUAAGAGUCGUAGCUCCUGUUUCUCUUCUGCCAUCCACAGGUUCCAUUGUUGGUACCACUGAUGACCUCAGGAAUAAUGCUUCCAAAUCCUCUGGGGCACCUGCUCAACUGACUAUCUUUUAUGCUGGUUCAGUGAGAGUUUAUGAUGAUAUUACUGCUGAGAAGGCUCAGGCCAUUAUGUUACUGGCUGGAAAGGGGUCUUCUCCAUCAUAUCAUAAGACGCUUUCAACAGCCCAAGAGCCUUCCCAACAUGAUGGUGUGAUUAAAAACCAGUCCCAUACAACACCACUGUUCCCAGGGCUGCCAAACCCUCUUUCUCUUACAUCCCAAGCUUGGUCUCAGUCAGGAGAAGGGGCAAGUAGAACCAACGAAUUAGAGACAGUCAAAUCAAUUGAAGCUUCAUCAUUUCCCACCAACCAUUCAGAGACUUCCAAAGUAGUCAGUUGGGUAGAAUGUGCUGGCAAAACCUUAAUCCCAACAGUGGGUCUGCCUCAAGCACGCAAAGCAUCAUUGGCUCGAUUUUUAGAGAAGCGCAGGGAAAGGGUGAUGCACAUGUUGCCAUACAAUAUCAGCAAGAAAUCUCCAGACUGCACCACUCCUAGAUCAACUGCUGCAUCUCCUCUCAUAGCAAUGAAUUAGCCAGAAAGAUGGGAGCAGUGAUUAAAGGAGAGAUCUUCAUUGGCAUUAAAUUAUUUAUUUAUUAAUGUCAAGCUCUAUUCUUUUCACCCCAAGUUUUGACAUAUAUGACAGAGAUAAUAUUCUAGUUUUUUUUUUAAUUUUUUUUAAUUAUUGAAACUAUAAUAUAAAAAGUCAUUCUAUCCUGAUAACUUUAUGAUCAUUCCUCUAAUUUGUUAUCAGAUUCAUUAUGCUGUAGAAUUAUAGUUUAUUAAAUGGGAAUUACAUUGUUUGACU